GCGCGUCUUGUGCAAUUACAAUUGAACUGAUUUCAAUGGAGUCAGACGAGCAAAAGCGGCUGGAUAAUAAAAAGCGUACGCUAGGCGUAGGUGAAUUAGAGCUACCACGUAAGCUAUUCCAUUCAAGUAUAGGACCGAUAGCAAUUGGAAUUUACAUUAGUCAAGUUUCAAGAACGAUAGUUCUUAGAUUGCUCACUAUUCUACUCCUCGUUAUACUCGUUAUCGAUCUCUUUAGACUACGUUCCACUGUUGUGGGUAGGGGUCGAUUCGCGAGCCUUUACGAAUCUGUCGUUGGGAGAUUAAUGCGUGAGAGUGAGAGACAGAAAUUGAAUUCAACUAUUUGGUACCUUCUCGGUGCAGUUAUAUCAGUAGCAUCAUUUAAGAGGGACAUAGCUAUUACAUCAAUUUGUAUACUCGCUUUUGCCGAUACGUCAGCUUCAACAGUUGGUAGAUUACUCGGUAGAUACACUUACACUUUACCUUCACCUCCAUUCGGUCAAAAGAAGAGCUUAGCUGGAUUUACUGCUGCCUUCCUCACUGGAGCCUUUACUAGUUGGUUAAUUUGGGGAAGUACGUUUGGACAAGCUACGAUAGCUGAAGCGGGUAAAUUAUCAACUGAUACACUCAGUUGGACAACAGAAAGUAAACUUCGAUUUCCAUUACUUAUGAUUGUUGUUGGUAUAAUAAGUGCAGUAACAGAAUCCUUGGACGUGCACGGUUUGGAUGACAAUCUAACUAUUCCAGUCAUAUCUGGAAUAUUAAUGACACUUCUACUAAAGUAAUGAAAAAUUUCCUGAUAAUAUGUAUAUACCCUCUCAACAGGAUAUAAUAGAUGUAACGAAUUAUUAAUAGAUUCCUUGAC